AUGCCUUCAGGACAAGGCCAACAAUUGUUUGGCGCUUUGAAUACUUUGCCCCAAGAUCCAAUGGGCAUGGAUCAAGCCUUCUUCCAGAUGGCGCAGAACAUGCCCUGGGUGUAUCCUGGCUUUGAUAGCGGGAUGCCACUUCCACCCCCAUUUCCUCUCCUCCCGUUCGAUAUGAAUACCCCACCACCCUUCCAAAACACCCGACCUAUGAGCACGAUGGCCAGUAGCGCAGGACAACGGUUCACACCUGAUCUUCAACGACAACGAUCGCCAACACCGCCAGUCAAAGUCCCACUUCCAACACUGCAAUACACAAAUCAAGCUUCGCUGAAGCCAGAGAAGACAGAAAAGCGACCACUCCUCAUCAUCCUCGAUCUCAACGGCACCUUAAUCUACCGCAAACUUCGCAAAUUUCCACCGAAAUUCGCCAGGCGCACCGGUCUAGAUCACUUCCUAGCCAUGCUAAUCAAAAACUACAAAGUCAUGAUCUGGUCCAGCUCCCAGCCCCCGACUGUAAACGCAGUCUGUGACCAGAUCUUCCCAGGUCCCAUGCAUGACGCUCUCGUCGCCCGUUGGGGACGCGACAAAUUCGGCCUCACCGCCGGCCAAUACAACAAAAAGCUCCAGGUCUACAAGGAGCUGCACAAAGUCUGGGCGGAAGCAAAUAUCCAAGGCGCAUUCCCAGGCAAUGAGCAUCUGAAAGAUCCCCCGGCCCAAUCACCAAGCACUAAGCCGCCACACAAGAAUCGCAAGCAAAAGCUUCGUGAGGCCGAGGCUGCAAAGCUCCCCGCGGGCCAUCGCUGGGACCAGACAAACACCAUCCUCAUUGACGAUAGUAAGCUCAAGGCUUCCAGCGAGCCGUUCAAUAUCCUCGAGAUUCCGGAAUUCGCCGAUGAUCCCAAUAUCGAUGAGACGAAGCUCUUCGCAAAGGUCCUCGCCCGGCUUGAUUAUCUCGCCCACCACGAUGACGUAAGUAAGGUCCUACGCGUCUGGAACGAGCGUGUGGACAAAGGCGAGGGUAGCAUUCUGGAAUUGGAUAUUGGGCUCCAUGAAGAUUCUGUAGACAAUGAGGAUGGCGGGAUGAGUCUCCUCCCGAAGCAGUUGAGUGGCGGCUCCAAUGGCGUUACCAUGACCCUCGAUGGUUCAGGAGACAUCCCUGCCCCUACAACUGCUAAGUCCAUGGCCAAGAAGAGUAAGAAAGCCAAGCUCAGAGCAAAAGCGGCCACCGCAAAUAAUACCCCAAACAUGGCAACCGCCAGUACUGCAACAACCAACCCGACACUACCAGCCACAAAACCAACACAAGCCCAGCAGAAAACAGAAGACCAAAAGACUGAAAUCAAAAUGUCUCGCAAAGCGCGCAAACGAGCCAGGGAAGAGGGCAGUCUUGCCACAAAAGCCGCCGCUGAAGCAGAAUCCCGAAAGACACACAGUAAUCCAACCCCGAGCUACGACAACGUAACGAGCAACCAAUCCGUCGCCAGCAACGAGCCAGAAGUAUCCGAUCAGGUUCAUGUUCGAAUGGGCACAGGCCAGAAAUCCAUUCGUCGCAGACAGAAGGCCGCAGACAGAAGGGCGCAGCGGGAAGUUGAUCCUCCCACGCCUCCUCCUGGAUCUCAGACUGCACAAGAAAGAUGUAACUUCCGGAAGAAAAGUGUUGCUGCUGCUCCUCCCGAGCUUAGUGCUGAACAUGCUUCUGCGUCUGCUUCUGGCUCCGGUUCCAAGACGGUCUUCGAAUCCGCCUCUGCAGCUGCUCACGCCGCCAAUGCUGCAAACAUCCUAGGAAGCGGAUUAUCACCUGAAUAUCUCCCUCCAGACGCAGAUGUGACUGUGGGGAUGGAAUUGGAUGUUGAUACGUACGUUCCGCCGGAUGCCGUGACUACGUCGAGAGCGAAGCACAACCGCGAGUUGUCACCAGUUUCGUCGGUUGAAUCGAGCAAUUCGUUGCUUGAUCGGCUUGAGGAGGGGCUUGGGAUUGGGAUUGCGAAGCGUUGA